AAGCAAAGAAAUCAAAGAAACUAAAAAUGAAAAAAAGGAAGGAGGAAAGGACGCCAGCUUCGUAGCUUGGGAGUCGCCACGUACCGCAUGUUCUUCCACUUGUCUCUCCCAGUGAACCACGCCGAUUCCAAUGUCUGGAGAGCUGAUAAUUUUUGUCGCUAUUGCUGUCUCUCUGAAUCGUCGCGGUGUGAUCAGACAGACACAGGGCAAAUGCGUAGAUGGACGCCAAAUUAAUCGCCCGUAUCUGCUUGCCGGCAUUGCAUCACCAGGGGACAAAUGCAGGGUACCAGAUGCUGAGGGUUUGAUAUUUUCAAGAGAAAUAUUUGAAGAUGAGUGGAGAUGGAGUUGUUCGUGCUGUUCCUUUUCUGAUUCGAGCUCAGACGGGUUAAUUAUUGGUUGCUUUUGGGUAUUAUAGGCUUUGAUCAUCUGGGUGAUGGGUGGUUGGAGGUACAAGGCGGGUUUAGGGUUGAUCGCCGCCGCCGUCCUCAUUUGGGUCGCGUCAGCCGAGGUUACUCAGAGAAUCUUUGGAGAGUAUAAACAGCCAUUCGCACUCACCUACCUUGGGGUGUCUCUUAUGGUGGUUCAUCUACCCAUAGCAGUUUUGAAAGACUCUGGCUGCAGUUUAUUGGACUCAAAUUUUUAUAAGAACCUUCACAAUGGCAUCACUGUCAUGAGCUCUUCACUUGGAUUGCAUACACCUCUAAGAAACAAUGGAGUGCCCCACAGUCCUGAAAAAGAUUUGAAGAAGUACCUGGUUAGUGACAAAGACCUCAGUGAAAGGGAAGAGGGGUGCCCUUUGAUUGCCAAGGAGGAAGAUGAGGCCGACCUGCUUGGAAGUAGCUCUGAACUUGCUCCAUGGGAAAUUACCAAGUGUAGUUUUUAUCUUACUCCCUUAUGGUUUAUGUCGGAGUAUUUAUCGAAUUCUGCUCUGGCAAAUACCAGUGUUUCAAGUACUACUAUCUUAACCUCUACAUCAGGCCUCUUUACACUUCUCUUUGGAGCUCUUCUUGGUCAGGACUCCAUAAAUAUUGCAAAAGUGGCUGCAGUUUUAGUCAGUAUGGCUGGUGUUGCCAUGACCACAGUUGGGAAAACUUGGGCACCCGAUGAAAUGCGGAGUAUUUCAGUGGUUAGAAAGCACUCCAUCAUUGGGGACAUUUUUGGUCUUCUCUCAGCAGUAUUGUAUGGCUUAUUUACAGUGCUGCUCAAGAAAUCUUCUGGAUCAGAUGGAGAUAAGGUUGAUGUGCAAAAGUUCUUUGGGUACAUUGGUCUAUUCACCCUUCUUGGUCUUUGGUGGCUAGUGUGGCCACUAAAUGCCUUAGGAGUAGAGCCACAGUUUGAGUUUCCACAUUCAAAAUCCGUUGGUGAAGUUGUGUUGCUAAAUGGAUUUGUAGGGAGUGUUCUGUCUGAUUAUUUUUGGGCAGUUUCUGUGGUUUGGACAACCCCAUUGAUCGCAACAUUGGGCAUGUCCCUUACAAUUCCCCUUGCCAUGUUAGCUGACAUUGUAAUCCACCGCCGCCAUUUCUCUGCAAUCUACAUCUUUGGAUGCAUUCAGGUUUUUGCAGGAUUUGUCAUAGCAAACCUCUCUGACAAGUUUUCGUACAAGGUGGAUGAUGUCUCGGCCUAGCACUUUCUGGGAUGUGGAUAUGUGUUUUCGGACCUUUGUUUUUCAAGUUUUUACCGAUCAAGCAGUAUUGUCCAUCCCCCUUUCUGUGGUAUCACCACCUUCAAUAGUAACACUGUAAGAUACAAGUACAAUAUUCUACGAAAAUAUAUAAACGGAGCAUUAAAGAGGGCA